AUGUCCCACGCUGGGCUACUGGAAGAACCAAGGCCCUUCGGAGUCAGCGAGAAGAAGCAGUUAUCGCAUGACGCAUACACUGUUGGGUGGAUUUGCGUGCUUCAGUGUGAGCUCAACGCGGCAAAGGCCUUGCUAGAUGAGCAACAUGAACAACUUCCAUCGGCCGCAAAAGACGAUAACAGUUAUCUCCUCGGUCACUACGGAACAAAUGCUGCUGCGCAGACAGCGGUACACAUGAUUCGCACCUUUUCCAAUAUUCGAUUCGGCUUGCUGGUAGGCGUGGGCGGCGGAGCCCCGAACCGACCGGAUCCAGAUGAUCCGUUCAAUGAUCUUCGGCUCGGAGACGUCGUCGUUGGUGUUGCAAAGGGCAGCCAUGGCGGCGUUCUUCAAUACGACAUGGGAAAAUGGAAGAAUGAUACAGAUUUUCCCAUCGAAUCGCACUUGAAUAAACCGCCCAAGGUUUUGUCAAAGGCCAUUGAGCUAUUGCAAUCCGAACACGAUUUUGGCGAAGGCCACAUGUCGCAUUACAUCCACCAAAUGGCUCUUAAAGCGGCAAAGCUUCGCGGGUUGAGGCAGUAUCGAUUUCCAGGUCGAGAUAAAGACCAACUUUUCAGCCCAGCCUAUCGUCAUGUUUCCGAAGCAGAUUGUUUAGUAUGUGAUCCUGCACAGUUGGUAGAAAGACUUCCUCGAGAUUCAGAUGAUCCUAUAGUUCAUUACGGCCUCAUUGCCUCUGGUAAUGCCGUUUUAAGGUCUGCCAAACGUCGAGAUGAGCUACGAGACGCUUGGGGCGUCCUAUGCUUUGAGAUGGAAGCAGCUGGCCUAAUGGAAAACUUCCCUUGUAUUGUUAUUAGAGGAAUUUGUGACUACUCUGACGAUCACAAAAACAAAGUCUGGCAGCCCUACUCAGCUGUUGUAGCUGCGGCAUAUGCGAAAGAUCUCUUAAGAGUAAUUCAACCGCAAGAAGUCGAAAAUAUGGACGCCAUAAAAAAACCCCUUGAGAAACUUUUCGAGAACUUUGCUACGACCAGAGAAGCUGUGAAACGUAUCGAGUCGAAAAUUACCAGUAAAGAAGACAUUGAGAUUCUCGAAUGGUUAACACCAGUAAAUUAUGGCCUUCAACAGAGUGAUUGCUUUCAGAGACGACAUCCUGGGACCGGCCAAUGGCUUCUUAACUCGGCAGAAUACCAGGAGUGGCUUCACACAAGCCAGCAGACAUUAUUUUGCCAAGGCAUUCCGGGAUCUGGGAAGACAAUUCUCACAUCAAUGAGUACCGCGAAAGCAAAGAUUUUUGCGACUGCUCGACAUAUUCAGGAUAUACGAAAUGAGUUUGAUGGAAGCAUCUUACUGGAGAUUCACCAAAUCGCUAACGCGGUUGAUGGAAUGUUUCUUUUUGCUAAACUCCACUUAGACUCGCUCCAACACAAGCCUACCCCCAAGGCAAUUUUUCAAGCUUUAGAUAACUUGCCAAAGGGUAAUGAAGGUUUGAAUGAAACCUAUGGCGAAACAAUGAGGAGAAUACGGAAUCAGGGACAAGAAUUCCAACAGCUUGCUUUGCGAGCUUUAGCGUGGAUCACCUGCGCUAUGAGACAGCUAUCCACAUUUGAACUUCAGACAGCACUAGCUGUGGAGAAAGAUAGUUCCGAAAUGGAUGAGGAUAACAUCCCAGAGAUUGAGGACAUAGUCUCUGCAUGUGCUGGAUUAGUCACCGUCGACAAAAACAGCAACAUUGUUAGGUUGGUGCAUCACACAACGCAAGAGUACUUUCAGCGGACGCAAAAAGAUUGGUUUCCGGAUGCACAAAAUGAGAUAACUUCAGCCUGUAUCACUUACCUCUCAUUCGACAUCUUUAGCACAGGCUUCAAUCCUCUCUAUUCCUACGCAGCCGAAAACUGGGGACAUCAUGCACGAGAUUCGAUCAACCUGGAUUUGACAGCCAAUGCCUUAUUCAAAAGCCAAUCAAGAAUGGAAGCUGCAUGGGCAAAUUGGGUGACAGAACUUCAUCUGACGGCAUAUUUUGGACUUGAGGACUUUACAAAGCAGCUGAUAUGUGAAUAUGAUAUAAAUUCACUGACUGGACUCCUGGAAACGCCACUUUCCUUAUCAGCUAGGAACGGCCAUGGAGGUAUUGUCAAGCUGCUUCUUGAGGUUGGGGCUGAUGUCGAGUCAAAGGAUAUAAAUGGCCAGACAGCACUUACACAUGCAGCUAGAAAUGGUUAUGAAACCAUUGUUAAGUUGCUGCUUAUGAACGGGGCUGAUGUCGAAUCAGAGGAUGAAACUGGUUGGACAGUACUUAUGCACGCAGCUAUGUCCGGCUAUGAAGUUAUUGUCAAGCUGCUUCUUCAAACCGGGGCCAACUUCACGCCAAGGGACGCACAUGGCCAGACAGCACUUACGCAUGCAGCUAUGUACAACCACGAAGCUGUUGUAAAGCUGCUGUUAAAAAAUGGGGCUGGUCUCGAGUCAAAGGAUGAAUAUGGCCAGACUGCACUUACACAUGUAGCUAGGAACGGCUAUGAGGCUAUUGUUAAGCUGCUUCUUGAGGCUGGGGCUGAUCUCGAGUCAAAGGAUAUUGAUGGCCAGACAGCACUUAUGCAUGCAGCUAAUAGCGGCCAUGAAGCUACUGUCAAGAUGCUGCUUGAAAAGGGGGCUGAUAUCGAGUCAGUGGAUGAAUAUGGUUGGACAGCACUUGGAUUAGCGACUAUGAGGGGUCAUCCAGCCAUUAUCAAGCUGCUAGCUACGCAGCCCAACCCAGAGUGUGUCCGAAAAAGAGAACUAUCAAGGGCAUAUUAG